AGUCCCAUCAAAUGGGUUUGCGACUCUUAGCUGCACAACAGAAAGCUUUUCUACGAAUUGUUCGCUGCACUUCGUCAGCAACGCAGGCAAAGCAAACUCCUGAAACGGUCACUGCUACUGUAGUUCCGAAGAAAAUUCUGAAGGAGGAGAUUGAACAAUGCUACUCGAAGUUGGAUCUAACGUUCACAAAUACGAAAGAAGCGUUUAAGAGCAAAACAAACCACGAAUUACUACGAGGUUAUAUCGUUCUGCGACUAUGUGCUAUUGAAUCGCUUGUGAAGCAUAGCCAGAAGAUACUCGCCGUUAUUCGAGCAAUCCUAGGAAAAAGGCUAUUCAAAAGAGUGUUGAAAAGCACAUUCUAUGGGCAAUUCGUAGCUGGAGAGGAUCCCAAAGAGAUUGAGCCGGUGGUCGAACGACUGAAGCGAUUUGGUGUAAAAUCUAUACUAGAUUAUUCGGUGGAGGCAGAUAUAAGUACCGAAGACGCUACGAAAGCAGCAGAAAAAUCUAAAUCUGCUGCGGAAGUCUCGCCUGCGGCCUUCCAAAGCAGGGUGCACCCAAAAACGAUCAAAGAUACCCAUGAAAGAUACUCAGCACAUGAUGAAUUUGCCGAUCGACGAAAAGGUGUUGUUGGUGCUAGCUGGCGAACAACCACCGAUAAUGGUCGCUACAAAGACAUUGAACUGAGUAGUGACAGUAGGACCUACUUCUACGAAGGUGAGGAAGUAUGCGAUCGUAAUCGUGACAUCUUCAUGGGGACUGUUGACGCUGUUGCCGACGCCACCCGUGGUGAAGGCUUUGCUGCGAUCAAAGUGACAGCUCUCGGCAGGCCAGCACUUCUGUUGAAGUUAUCAGAAUGCAUAGAGCAAGCCCACAAUUUCUUCAAAACACUGACAGGAGCGGAUAAAAUUCAGUUCUCUCGACUCGGUGAAUUGGAAUUGUCGAAAAAGCUGCAGGAAUUUGGAGUGAAGGCAGAUUCCGAAGAAGUUCGCGAAUGGUUCAAGAGUGUCGACUUUGAUAAUGAUGGAUAUGUAGACUUCCAUGGCUGGGAUAAAAUUCUGGACAAUAAUGAGAAGCUUGGCAAUAUGUUCCAGGUCCUUGACCUCAAAACAGGACAGAUGGAGCCGUUGAUCCAAAAUCUGAGCGAAGAUGAGGAGAAAGAGUUUGCAAACAUGGUUCGUCGCCUGAUCACCAUUUCUGAGCAUUCCAUCAGCAAAGGUGUUCGUUUGAUGGUCGACGCUGAGCAAACCUAUUUCCAACCAGCCAUCUCUCGUCUUUGUAUAGAAUUGAUGAGGAGGUACAAUAAGGAAAAGGGCUACAUCUUCAACACCUACCAAGCUUAUUUGCGAGACACCAAAGAUGCGAUAGAACGUGAUCUACAGCUGGCUAGAAGAGAAGGUUGGCAUUUCGGUUUGAAGCUAGUAAGAGGUGCCUAUAUGGAGCAGGAACGUCAACGUGCGUCUGUUAUUGGCUAUCCAGACCCGGUAAAUCCUAACUAUGAGGCCACGUCUAAAAUGUACCACGACUGCCUGACUCGACUAGCUGAUGAACAUGAUAAACGAGGUAGAGGGACGGUUUCGGUGAUGAUUGCCAGUCAUAACGAAGAAACAGUAAGGUUUGCCGUCAACCUUAUGAGGGAACGGGGAAUUGCUCCGAGUGAAAAAAUAAUGUGUUUUGCUCAAUUGCUUGGAAUGUGUGAUCAUAUGUCUUUCUCCCUUGGACAAGCCGGAUAUUCAGUAUACAAAUAUGUACCAUAUGGUCCAGUAGAGGAGGUCUUACCGUAUCUCACUCGUAGAGCCACGGAAAACGGCAGUAUAUUGAAAAAAGCCACUCACGAGAGAGACCUACUACGAUCAGAGUUUUGGCGACGAAUGCGUCAUGGGCAACUCAUUCACCGAGUUCCAGCAUCUUAGGACAAUCAAGCUUAGAGUGCCUUAUAAAUUCGACGACUGCCUUCUAAGUGCUUUGCUGUUAGGGUUACCUAAGAUCAAAAAAAAUUAGGUUAGGGUUGAAAUACUUUUCGCUAGAAACACAGAUUUAGAAGCUAGACUAGAGCUGAAUUUUUUUUUUCGUGGUAAUCAAUCGAGCUCAGUGAUACACCGUUUCGCUAGAAAAACAGAUUUAGAAGCUAGACUAGAGAUUUGAAUUUUUUUCGUGGUAAUCAAUCGAGCUCGGUGAAACACCGUCUGUUGUUCACUUACGUUGAUAAGUGAUGCCUGUAGCGUUUCUUUCACACCAAAGUACUCAUCAACUUGCUUUUUCGCAUAACAUGCUCAUCUUUGUAUCGGUAUAAUUGUGACUGCACCGGUUCAUUCGAAAACGGUUUCUGAAUAAAUGUAUUCAAUAUC